CACAGCCUUUGUUGGUGCACUGUCUUCCCAUACCCUCGAAUAAGGCAGACAAUCUACAAUAUGCCCUUCCUCAAACGUCAGGCCGACCAGGUCGAGUCAUCCAACCAGGGUGUCAAGACCGAGGUCGACCACGAUGCCGCUGCCAAGCAGCAGCGCGUCACCCUCAAGGCCAUCAUCCUCGGUGUCGUCGUCAGUAUUGGUGGCUUCAUGUUUGGUUAUGUCUCCGGCCAAAUCUCCGGCUUCUUCCUGAUGAACGACUUUGCUGAGCGCUUCGGACAACGCAACGCCGAUGGCACUUUGGAAUUCAGUGCCACACGCCAAGGUACCAUCACUGGUCUCCUCCCUGUUGGUUGCUUGUUCGGUGCUCUUCUUGCCGGUAACCUCGCCGAUACUCUCGGUCGUCGUAUGACUAUUUGCGUCACUGCCCUCUGGGCCUGUGUUGGUAUCGUCAUCGAAGUUUCUUCAGACGUUGCUUGGUACCAAUUCGCCAUCGGUCGUCUCGUCACCGGUAUCUCCAUCGGGGCCCUCUCCGUCGUCGUCCCCAUGUACCAGUCCGAGUCCGCCCCGGCCAUCAUCCGUGGUGUCCUCGUUUCGACCUACCAGCUUUUCAUCACCCUGGGUAUCUGGACUGCCAACAUGGUGGACUGGGGUACAGCUGAGAGACCCGACAGCGGUUCAUGGAGAAUCCCCAACGCUCUCGGCUUCCUGUGGGCUCUCAUUCUGGGUGUCGGUGUUCUCUUCCUUCCCGAGUCUCCCCGCUUCGCAUUCAUCAAGGGCAGAGAGGACGAGGCCCGCAACACCAUCGCUGGCCUUGCUGGUGUCGACCCCAACCACCGAUCUGUCAAUGACCAGAUUGUUCAGAUUCGCGCCAAGCAGGAGGAGGAAGCUUCCCAGGGUAAAGCCAAGUUGAUCGAGAUCUUCACCGGUCCUCGUAUGUUCUACCGUACAGUUCUGGGAAUCAUCCUCCAAAUGGGCCAGCAGCUUACCGGUGCCAACUUCUUCUUCUACUACGGAACUACCGUCUUCGCCGCCACUGGUCUCUCCAACUCUUUCGUCACUCAAAUCAUUCUUGGCACUGUCAACGUCGUCUGCACCUUUGGUGGUCUCUACAUUGUCCAAAAGGUCGGUCGCCGAAAGGCUCUGAUUGCUGGUGCCGCAUGGAUGAUGAUGUGUUUCCUCAUCUACGCCUUCGUUGGUCAGUUCAAGCUCGACCACGACGACCCCUCCGCCACCCCUACCGCCGGCUCAGUCCUCAUUGUGUUCUCCUGCUUGGCUAUCGCCGCCUUCGCCACUACCUGGGGUCCCAUCGUGUGGGCUGCCGUCGCUGAGAUGUACCCUGUUCGAUACCGUGCCCCUUGUAUGGCCCUGGCAACCGCUUCCAACUGGUUCUGGAAUUUCAUGAUCUCUUUCUUCACCCGUUUCAUCACUGAUGCCAUUGACUAUUGGUACGGUCUUGUCUUCGCCGGAUGUUGUGGCGCUCUCGUCCUGAUCGUCUUCUUCUUCAUGAUCGAGACCAAGGACCGCAGCUUGGAGGAGAUUGAUACCAUGUACCAGCUCCACGUCAACCCUAUUACCUCCGCCAAAUGGGAUGGUAGCCAGGUUCCUGAAGGCGUCAAGGGCGAGCACGGAGUUCGUGGCUCUUCCUCUGGUGGAGAGGCUGGUGUUGUAGAGACGGAUUAGACGUCCACUUCUGGAAUUCUGAUUUGAAGUACAGAUUGUACUCAAGUGGGAGGUUGUAGUAAUAUGGUGUAGAAACAUACAGAUACCCAAAAGUUAGCAUCGGCGUUAUACUUGCUUAUUAGCUAUCACUCAAGACAAAUAAUUUUGAUAAAUCAACAC